AUGGAUGGGGAAACAUCCAGUGAGGAAGAGGACUCGGAAAGCGGUGGAUUCGCUGAAAUGGCGGCGUCUGCAUCUGGCUCUGCAGAAACGUCAGAGUGGUCCGGAUGUGAUGCUCCGUGCUUACCACCAGAGGGCAAUUCGGUACAUAGACGAAGGGUGCAAAAGAACAGCAGUACUGGAAAAGUUUCAGCCCUCACUGGCUCUGACGCCUCAAAGGUGUGCACAGAAGCAGAUGGACUGGAGGAGUGCAAAGACAUGUUUAUUGGCGUUGACUGCUCCGACGUUGUGCCGACCUACCGCGACGCAGCUUCAUUACAGAAUUGCGUUGAUAAGUGUAGAAACGCAGAGGCGAAAUGCAAGACCCAGUCUGCACAAGAUGUUCUGAAGACGCCCUUCAAGCGCUGUCUCGUGAGCGCACUCUCAGAUUCUGGUUUCUUCCUCACCUGCAGCUCAGCCAGUAACCUGUAG